AUGUCUGCUGUCAUUAAGCAGAUGGCUGCAGGCAUUGCUCUUCAUAGAGUUUUCGACGCGUUCCCAUCCAAUGUCCUCUUUAUCCCUGUUCUCAGCCUCUUCAUUGUCUCUCUCUGGUCUUUCUAUUCUUACAUCCUCCUCCAGCAAAUCCCAGGGCCCUUCCUCGCCGCGUUUUCGAAUCUUCCUCGCGUAUCAUGGGUUCUGUCUAACCGAGCGCACGACAUACACAUCGAUCUGCAUCGAAAGUAUGGAAAAUUGGUACGCUUCGGACCGAACAUGGUCUCGGUUGGCGACCCGGCCGAGAUCCCAACUCUAUAUAGCUUCACUGGAAAGUUCACCAAGUCUGACUUCUACCAUGUCAUCGUAUUCUACGCCAAAGGCAAACCAGUACAAACCAUCUUCACGACACAGGAUGAGAAUAUGCACCGAAUGCUCAAAAGACCAAUUGCGGGCAUCUACACGAUGAGCAAUCUCAUGUCCUUUGAGCCCUACGUUGACACGACCAUUUCCUUCUUCUUCGCCCAGCUAGACAAGCGUUUCGCGCAGACUGGAGACAUUUGUAACUUAGGCACCUGGUUGCAGAUGUUUGCAUUCGACGUCAUGGGCGAGCUUACCUUCUCCAAGCGCUUGGGCUUCCUGGAGAGAGCGGAAGAUGUCGAUGGGAUCAUGGAAUCGAUUUGGCAUUACUUCCAAAAGACGACUCCCGUCACGCAGAUCCCCUGGGUUGACCGCCUCUGGGCAAAGAACCCCAUAUUCCAACGCCUAAAGGCCGUCCGCAUGAACCCCAUCGCCGGAUUUGGGCUCGCGCGCAUUGCAGAACGUAAAAGCGCGCCGGACACCUCUGACGACAAGGAGUCCUCGACCAACUCUCGGGAUUUCCUCUCGCGCUUCCUCGAAGCCCAAGCCAAAGACAAGUCCAUCCCGCCCUGGGCCCUCACAGCGUGGACAACCUCCAACAUAGCCGCCGGCAGCGACACAACCGCCAUCCUCCUCCGCACCACGAUUACCCUUACAACGAAUUAG